AAACAUUAAAUAUACGCACAUUUCAUUCCGCUUUUUUCACCAACCCUUUCUGCCAUCCACUCCAAAAGUUGAAUUCACAAAUAAAAAAUUGCUAAUCACUAUCAAAACUUUUCACGUGCAAAGAAAUAUCUAAUGUUCGUAAUUGGAUUUUUAAAAAUCCUGUAUAGAAUGUGUUUCCUAGACAGCGUCAUGAAGUGUAUAGAAUUCCUCACUGAAUAUCGUUUUAAGUCGAAAGAGCAAAGAUAUGUCCCAACUCAUAAAAUGCCCUACUUGGUUAUGAAGGAGGGCCGAUUUCAGUUCAAAGUGGUGUACUUGUAUAAAAUAUGAUGGAGGUCACAUGAAGAUUCUAGCACAAUAUGCAUGAGCACUACGAAAAAAUCAGGGGAAGGGGGAGGCGGGGACGAGCAUGCACGCUUAGCUAAUACACAAUUUAUAGGCAUGAACGCAGUGUUAUUGUUGAACGGUUCUAUGAUGGGCAAUAGACUUUUUUUUGAUAGUCUCGAUUUUCUCGAGCUCUAUUUGAAAAUAUAGACUGUAUUGAUGCACAGAUGCAUAUUGCUAAUGUCGCAAGUAGUACAUAGGGCAUUCUGAAAGGUACGCAAAGUGUUUGAGUUCCUUCGAAAUAUAAUAAAAGAGACAAUAAGUUAAAUAUAUGGUCCAUAUAGAUAAAUAUAGGGCAGUGCAGACUUAUGUUGUGCCCUGUGUUUUAUUCUUACAGCAACUAGAAGAGCUGUUGCAUUCAGUUGAUUCGCUGUGAUUGUGUUAUAAACAGCCAGCCCUCACGUCUAAAUAAGGCUGCCAAGUAGUGCAAGAAUCAUUCAGAGGCUGUUCCUAGAGAGAGAGGCGUUUUCUGCGAUUAUUAUGACAUAAUUCCACGUUUUAAAAAGAUGAUAAUAUAUAUACUAUAUGAAAUGAUAUAUAUUCUACAUAUUGAUAUAGUGAUAUACAGAUUCAAGACGGUCUGACAAAGUCGUGUAGCAUUUGUAAUCUGUAGCUUUGACAUUUAUUUUUAUAAAAUACUAUGAUAUAUUAGAAAAAAUGUAUAUUAUCGGAGGCUUAAAUUAGUGUACACCUGGGGUUAAAGUGGAACUCUGCUAUGCUUGGAUGAUAAGAUAAUGGGUGUCUUCUUGUGCGUGCACGAUAAUUGAGAUACAUUAGAAAAUCACGAGUUCAGUCAGAGUCGAGUUUCGUUAAGACAGGGCGAAGUCUGUUUUUCGGUUACAAACUCCGUCCAGUCCUCCCCUGCUAAGCGCUUUCAGUAAAGGAGAUAGAAAGUACUAUCUUGUGGGAUAUUUUGGGAAUGAAAGCACUAGUAUAUUUACUCGUAAACCGCAUAGUGACGCCGCUCUCCAUAUAUGGUAUGUAACGCAAGGAAUGCCGGCUGUGGAAGGGGAAUCUGACUAAACGCUGUUCCAGUUAUUGAACAUCGCCCCUCUGCAAUUUGAUAUUGGAAUAACAAGGUGUGCUGCUUGGAUUAACUGUACAGCGGCAUAGGCAGUGGAUUUUGCACGCGCCCUGCGCUAUAUACAAAUGCACAAUGGACGUAACAGAAGACUUGAAACGUCAUAACCAUGGCAACGAGGACUUAACGUUACCGCAACCUAGCGGUGCAUCUGUUAUUGAAAAAGAGGUGACAAAAGUUAAUGACAGCGAGAUUAAAGAAAGACAAACGCCAGACCCUACGGAUACGACAGAAUUAACAGAAACUACAGACAAAGUUCGGAAAAAGAAAAGAGUUAAAAAGGAAAGAAAAAAGAAAUCAGAUGAUGGCUCUGUUGUUGAUGAAGAAACAGAGGAAGAGACAAAAAAGAAAAAGAAAGUAAAAGUGAAAAAAGAAAAACGUUCCAAGUCUUCUGAUCGCGAUGUUUCUCUCCGUCCAGAUCCAGAAGGCGGCAAUGCCAGACCGCCCUGCAAUAUGGAUGAAUAUGAUGCAGUCAUAUAUAGUAACAAACCUAUCUUCUCUGAUGUGGAAGAGGUAGAGAGUGACGUCAUCAGUCGGGAGGAGUUACCAAAGCAACGGUCAAUGCGUAACCCUAGUUUCUCGUUUGCCCAGAUGCUGAAUUCUAACACUAUGCUCAAGUUUGCUAUUAUAGGAACAGAAAUACAGAAUAUAUUGAGAGUUUCAUUAAGAACGGUAAUAGUCUCUUUAUGUUAAAUGGUGUGCAUGAUUAGCUUUUAAUGGAGAAAAAAAUACCACACGUCAUGACUUGACAGUG